AUGAGCACCUCCGCACCUCCCACCUCCGCGAUGGACUCGGUCCUUCUUGCCUCCGCACCAAUGCCAGAGGGGACCCAAGAGGUUCGCGGUGUAGAUUUCGAUAAAUUUCAGGACCGUGAUAUUACGGUUGCUGAGCUCGUGGAAAACCUUACCCACACUGGCUUCCAGGGCAGUGCGGUUGCUGAAGCUGCCCGCAUCAUUAAUGAGAUGCGUGCCUACCAGGACCCCGAAACUGGCGAAAAGACCACCAUCUUCCUCGGCUACACGUCGAACCUGAUUUCCUCCGGACUACGCGACACCCUGCGAUACCUUGUCAAGCACAAGCACGUCUCGGCUAUUGUGACCACGGCUGGUGGCGUGGAGGAGGACCUUAUCAAGUGCUUAGCUCCGACCUACUUGGGAUCCUUCACCACCCCCGGUGCCGGUCUCCGUGCCAAGGGCCUGAAUCGCAUCGGCAACUUGCUGGUCCCCAACAACAACUAUUGUGCCUUUGAAGACUGGGUGAUUCCGAUUCUGGAUCGCAUGCUCGAGGAGCAAGAAGCUGCCAAGCGCAAGUCGCGGGAGACUGGCGACGAGGAAGAUGAGCUUCACUGGACGCCGAGCCGGAUCACCGAGCGCUUGGGGCAGGAGAUCAACCACGAGGAUUCGGUGCUCUACUGGGCGGCCCGAAACAACAUCCCUGUCUUCUGUCCAGCCCUGACCGAUGGAUCCUUGGGGGAUAUGCUCUAUUUCCACACCUUCAAGUCCUCGCCGCAGCGGCUCCGUGUGGACAUUGUGGACGACGUGCGGCGCAUCAACACGAUGGCGGUGCGGGCGGUACGUGCCGGCAUGAUCAUCCUGGGUGGCGGCGUGGUCAAGCACCACAUCGCCAACGCGUGCCUGAUGCGCAACGGGGCCGAACACGCGGUCUACAUCAACACGGCGCAGGAAUUCGACGGCAGCGAUGCAGGAGCCCGACCUGACGAGGCAGUGAGUUGGGGCAAGAUCAAGUCGGAUGCCAAAGCCGUCAAGGUCUAUGCCGAGGCCACCGUGGUCUUCCCUCUCAUCGUGGCGGCCUCGUUUGCACGGAUACAGGCCCCAGCAGAGACCUCGACUCAGAAUUGA